UGUGGAGGCGGGCUGCGUGCUGACAGUCUCUGUGGCUGCGAACCGGGCGGGUCGUGGGACGCGUCCCAGCAGCGCGGGCGGCCCCGGUCCCCUCGGAGGGCACCAUGGACGACAAGGAGUUGAUUGACUAUUUUAAGUCUCAGAUGAAAGAAGACCCUGACAUGGCCUCAGCAGUAGCUGCCAUCCGGACUUUGCUGGAGUUCUUGAAGAGAGAUAAAGGGGAGACCAUCCAGGGCCUGCGAGCGAAUCUCACCAGCGCCAUAGAAACGCUGUGUGGCGUGGACUCCUCCGUGGCCGUGUCCUCGGGCGGGGAGCUGUUCCUGCGCUUCAUCAGCCUUACCUCCUUGGAGUACUCGGAUUACUCUAAAUGUAAAAAGAUCAUGAUUGAGCGGGGAGAGCUUUUUCUCAGGAGAAUAUCCCUGUCGAGGAGUAAGAUUGCAGAUCUGUGCCAUACCUUCAUCAAAGACGGCGCGCGAAUAUUAACUCACGCCUACUCCAGAGUGGUCCUGAGAGUUCUGGAGGCAGCAGUGGCGGCUAAGAAGCGUUUCCGGGUGUACAUUACAGAGUCACAGCCUGAUUUAUCAGGUAAGAAAAUGGCCACAGCUCUCUGUCACCUCAACGUCCCUGUCACUGUGGUCCUAGAUGCUGCUGUUGGCUAUAUCAUGGAGAAAGUGGAUCUUGUCAUAGUUGGUGCUGAAGGAGUUGUUGAAAAUGGGGGCAUCAUUAACAAGAUCGGAACCAACCAGAUGGCCGUGUGCGCCAAAGCACAGAACAAGCCUUUUUACGUGGUUGCAGAAAGUUUCAAGUUUGUACGGCUCUUCCCACUAAACCAGCGAGAUGUCCCAGAUAAGUUUAAGUAUAAGGCAGAUACUCUGAAGUCUGUGCAGACCGAACAGGAUCUCAAAGAGGAACACCCAUGGGUCGACUACACCUCCCCUUCAUUGAUAACACUGCUCUUUACAGACCUGGGGGUGCUGACGCCCUCAGCAGUCAGCGACGAGCUCAUCAAGUUGUAUCUGUAACCACUGGACCGCCUCCCGCACAGCUCAUAUACUUGGGGCAGGGUGAGUAGCCUCUUGACUCCGUGGUGAGUCAGGCAAAAACUGGAUUUUUAAGAUUUUAUUUUUAUGUAAUCUCUACACCCCAUGUGGGGCUAGAACUCACAGCCCCAAGAUCAAGAGUCGCGUGCCCCACCAACUGAGCCAGCCGAGCGCCCCUAAAACUGAAUUUUUUUGUGUGUGAAGACGUAUGGACUAAGGACCUAAAACUUCAAGAAUUUUUUAUUCAUUUCAGCCCCAUCUAUAAUGUAUUCACGGUUUCCGUAAAACCCAACGUGAAUUGUGCUUAUGGUUUCCAGACACUUUCCACUUUCCAGAAAUAUAAAUUAGAUUAUUGGCUACUUAUCCAAUGAAAGACAUGCCCAAGCCCACCUCCCUUCUUCCCUGCACUCCAGACUGAUUUACUAAAAGCAUAAAUUAAAGAGGUGCAGGCCUGAAAAUGCAGACCUUCCUAACUGCAACCAGGCGCCCCUUCAGGAACUAACAGCUGCCCAGGACACACGUUAUGUACGGUGCCUUGUGACAAAGGUUGGAAACUGUGUUCAGUUCACAUCAGGCUUCCAGCGGUGAACACGGGUCAGGGGCUGCCAAUCCCCUCAUCGGGAUUGGGACACAGGAUGGAAACCAGCAAAAGAACACAAGGAAGGUAGAAACCGCAUUUAGCAGGAGCAUUCAACAUGGCUCAUCACAUAUGAAGACCUUCCAGAACAUUUAUAAGCUGAAAUUCUGCAUCUGUAAAAGAUGUGAAUCUACUUCAGAUGUGUUUAUGCCUAAACAGCUUUUUAAAAUUGUACUUGGGGACAAAUUGAGCAUCUUUUCAAAUAAAUUACACGAAAGGUUUUGAGACGGUGUCGCAUCAGUAGAGAGCCCCCUGGGACCCAGAGGCCCGGGCCUUCGCGGUGAGGCUUCUGCGGCCACAUUCACACACUCAAGACAGUCGGUUGGAAGGAAAUCAUUUAUUCAACACAAGGCCUAACUUUUUCCCCAGAUUAGGAUUUGCUCCUUUGGUUUUUCAGAUACUCCCCUACGGAACAGUGGUGGCAACAUCAGCCACUCCAUGCAGGCGUUUUAUGCAGUCCCUCAGAGAGGACUAAAGUCCAGGGGAAAGAACACCCAGGAAGGUCAGAUGCCCGAAAACCCUAAGGAGCCUUAAAAAGCCAAAAAUCAAGUUUACCUCAGUAUCUUUAUGUUAGAAAGUAAGUAUAAAAUAGGCACAGAAAAAUCAGCUCUGUAGGUGACCCAUCAAAAUAAAUAUUGACAUCUGUUAUUUACACGCCA